AUGGAUGAAAGUGAAUUUGUGGCAGAAUAUUUUGACAAGGUGCAGGAGCUGGUUAAUGCUAUGAGGGCAUGUAAAGAUGGAAUUAUAGAUCAAUAUGUGGUGGAUAAAAUUUUGAGAUCCCUAACCCCAAGAUUUGAUCAUGUUGUUGUGGAUAUUGAAGAAACACGUGACUUGGAGACCUUGGAGAUUGAAGAACUCCAGCAUUCAUUAGAGGAACAUGAACAACCUAUUAAUGAGAGAAGACACUGCCAAGAACAAGAAUUGCAGAGUGAAGAUUCUAGUGAUCCUGUAAAAGGCCAAAAGAAGAAAUCUGAUGAAGAUAAGGAGUGGAAGUUUGAUAAAAAGAAGGUAAGGUGCUAUAACUGUAAACAUUUUGGCCAUUUUCCCAAAGAAUGUUGGAAAGGGGAUGGAGCAAAGAACAAACCGAAAGAAAGAGUGCAUCUUGCACAAGACGACACUUCAGAUUCAGAGGUUGUAAUGUUAAUGGCCAACACAAAUGAAGACCAGUCAAAUGAUGUAGUUUGGUACUUGGAUUCUGGAUGCUCAACACAUAUGACUAGGAAGAAGGAGUGGUUUGUCAAAAUGAAGAAAACCAUGCAAGGGAGGAUUAAGUUUUCUUAUGACAGGAGUCUCACAACAGAUGGAUCUGGUAGAGUUGGUUUGAGAGUUAGUGAUGGAAGAGAAGUUGUGAUUGAUGAAGUGUUAGAGGAAGAACAAAACCAUUUUAAAUAUGGUCAGAUGUAUGCUGAAAAGCAAGGGUCUCCCAAAUUUGAGGUUGUGUUGACAACCACUUAUAUCCUGAACAGAUCUCCAACUAAAAGGCAGAAAGGUAUUACACCAGAGGAAGCAUGGUUUGAG